CAUUUUUUAGUCUUAGGGCUUCUCUCUCUCUCUCUCUCUAGUUGGCUACUCGUAAAACCCAGUCCCAUGGCAGCAAAAGACCGAUGAUGGCGGCGGAUAUGGCAGCACAGCCCGAGGCGGAGAAUACCUGCUGCAAGGCGUGGAAGGAGAAAUACUCGAAGCUAGAAAAGAAGCGGUUUGCGUUACGGCAAGCCGUCAACAUCCUUACACCACAAAUCGAUGCGAUUCAAGCUGAGAAUGCCAAUCUCAAGAAAGAAUAUGAGGAGGUGCAGGCACAAGCGGACAAUGAGAAAGAAGGGAGACUGAAAGAAUCUAUAGCUAGAGUAUCUUUGGAAAACGAAAUCUCCGCCAUGAAGUCUGAGAUCGCUUCGUUACAGAAGAAAGCAAGCACAAGUUCUCUAGAUAGAGAUCAGGAGGUGAGGCUUCUUCAAGAUCGUGUUUCUGAGAGGGAAAAGGAAAUCAGUCGACUUAGGGAACUUCUUGAGAAGAAGAUAAAAAGGGAAGAUACCAAAGGGGAGGCUGAGAAGUAUAGGCUUCAGCUGGAGGUAUUGAAGAAAGAAGCUGAUGAAGCAAAAUCAAAGCUGGCUGCUCAGACAUUAAAUUUAGAACAAGCAAACAAAAAAAUUGAAGCAGAAAAAAGGAAGGCUAUCAAAGUGAGAAAGCAUGCAGAUUCGGAGAUGGCUGAAGCAGAGCAGCAGAGGAAGCUUGCAGAAGCUAAUGGAAAGAAGGUUGUUGAAGAAAAGUGUCGUGCUGAGAACUUGUCUCAACAGUUGGAAGAGAAUAAACAAAGGUUAGAGGAUUUACAGAAGGAGAUACAUAAAUUUGGGUCCUCCAGAAAUUUGGGUCCUCCUGUUGGCCAAGCUGAUAAUAAGUUGAGUCCUGAAUCUACGAAAACGGAAAAUAGGCUUCAAUUGGAGGUAUUAAACAGAGAAGUGGAUGAACCAAAAUUCGCCUUGGAUCUCUUGAAAGAGUUAAAAAAAAAGUUUGAGGUUGAAAAACAGAAGGCAAUUAGGGAGAAAAAACGUGCAGAUUCAGAGAUGGUGAAAGCAGAAGAGCAGAAAAAGCUUACUGAAGUGAAUUGGAAGAAGGCCAUGCAAGAAAAAUUUUGUGCUGAUCAGUUGUCUCAGCAGUUACAAGAAGCUAGAAGAACGAUUGAGGAAUUGCAGAAGAAGAUGCAUGAACUUCUGUCCUCUAGAAAGUUGGUUGAGGGAUCUGCUGUAUCACCUAUCAAAGCCAUCACUUCUGAAAAUGCAAACCUGAAAUUUUUGAAGAAACAACUGAAGCUUGAGAAAAUGCAAGUAAAGCAAGCCAAACAAGUGGCUAAGUUGGAAAAAAGUCGUAAUCAUAUCCUACAACAAGAACUUGGUUGUUUGAAGCUGGAGUUUGAUCAGUUUGCAAAGCGCCUGGAUUUACUGUAUAAGUCAUUCUCACCCAGUUCUGAAGGUAUAGAUGACCUUGGAAAGACUGGGCAGAUUGCAUGUAUGCAAAGGUUGAACAUGAAGAAGCACUGCAGUUUGGAACCAUCUUGGGCACACCUUCAAAGUGAAAAUGAACUUGUGAGGCCUAGCUGCAUAACUAUGGAUGCCUCUGGUCCUUUCAGGCAAAGUCUACAACAUUCUGCACCAUUGCUACUUGUACCUGGAGGGAAUUUUGCUGAAUCCAUUUCAGGUAUUAAUUCUAAAUUGGAGUGUCCACUUGGAUGCUCUAACUGGAAAAUGAUACAGACUUCUGCAAUAAAUUCUAGUACGGCAUCUUUUUCUGAUGGACAGUUGAUGGGCUCACAGGAAAGGGGUGCUUUUUCUGUUACCACAUCUGCGAAAUUGGCCAAAGAAAACUUGAAUGCACAACCAACAAUAUCCAACUUGUCCGGUGAAGUCACUAAAUUGAGGUGCAGUGAAAAAUCUGCUGAGGUGGCUGAAAAUAAUGUCAAAAUUCCUGAGCACGAUGAUAUUGGAAAAGGUUGUGAGCAUAUUAGGAAGAGAAAGCGGGUACUUGAUUCUGUUGAAUCUAUUGAAUAUUUGUAUUCCAAGGGUUGGAAGUUGCAUAUGCAGAUAGAAGAGAAGCUAUCAUCUUUGCAUAGUAUGUUAGGCAGACAACUAGACAACCCCUUGGAAGAAAGAAGAUGUCUGGCUUCUAAUCUGCAAUGCAUUCCACAUGCUAAGCUUGACGGGUUGCACAAGAACAGGAAGGUUCCUAAUGAAGAGGUCAUUGCAAAGCAUUUUUGUGACGUUGAUGAGCAAAAGAACACUGAAAAAUUUGAAACUGAAGAAAAUGAGGAUGCAAGUAAUCUUGAAACUAUGGGAAGUUUUGAGGAUGUGGCUGAUGGUGACUAUAUGAAGCUGCUGGACUUGGAUAAUGCUGCUGAUGAGGAAAGGUAUAGGAUGGCAGUGAAAAUGCCCCUCUCACCAACUCUUACUAAUAUUAGCUUUCACGGCGAUGAAAUCGUUGAUGUGAAUAAUUCUGAAGCCUUACUAGAGAAAUGGGCCAAUGAAGGAUUGUCAACUGAUAAAGAAAGCCUGUUGCCUGCGCAAAGUGCUGGUGUCAUUGAUUUUGAGAUUAAUUCCAAUGGGAAUGGUUGCAGUACUACAGAGGCAGGAAAAACAAGUUCUCACCAGAUCUGGGACUCUUGUCUGGUGGUGGGCAAAUCAAAUUCACCUAUAUUGAGAGAUGAGGAAGUUAAGUUUCCAUUGGAAAGUGAACUUCGAUCCACACAUGACAUUAUUCCUAAAUAUUGUGUUGUGUUUCCUAAUAUGAGGGAUUGUAGCAUCAUUUCUAGAAUAUUUGGUGCUGCGAAAACUUGUAUGGCUCGGUGCUGUUUGCUUUCUCAAACAGAGUGGGUGGUGCCAAAGAUUCUGCUUGCUCUUAAGAUGGAACAAAAUCUUUUACUCAUGGAAAAGGUCUGUGUUUUCUUUACAUUGUUGCUGCUCAAUCUGUCUCUGGCUGCUCCUAUGAAGUUCAGGAAAUAUUUGGAUAGGGAUUCCAUACCCUGCUUGGAUUCUUUCUCUCGGCAUUUAGGUGCAGUGAUGUCUGAGGUGGAGACAAGAAGCGUGUUUGAAGAUUUCGGUUUUUUGGAUGCGCUACUUAGUCUGAUUGAGGAAUUCCUUAUAGAUGGAAGAGUUAUGGUUUAUAAUAGUACAUCUUCUGAGACAUUCAUCACGUGUGAUUCAAGAAUUGACUUCGUCUUGGAUGGUGUAAAUAUUAUGUUGUUGUAUGAAGUUGCUUCUGCUAAUCAGUUGGUGGCUGGGAGCAUUAUAUUAGCAUCAAUAUGUGCAGCAGUUGACCAAAUUGGUAUUAUUUGUGAGGCAUCCUAUAACAUCUUUCGGAGACAUUCCACUGAUUCUUCAUUGGUGCUAACUAUCAUUCAUGUUUUUGCUUAUAUGGGUGGUCAGAAGUUUUUCAGUCUCAGCAAUUAUGGUUUGAUGAUGACUGUCUUGAAAUCAUUAGUAUUAUUACUUGAGGGCAUAAACUUAUCAGGUAAUGCUGCUUCUUGUCCUUCAUUUCUAAGGGAGGAUCAAAUUCAGUUCCAUCCAUGCGCCAAAUGCCCAUUUUCAGAGGGUGCUGUUUCUGUAGAUACUGCAGCAUCAUUGCUUAUAGAAUAUCUCCAGAAUUACGCUGCAUUGGGAACCACAAAUAUUGAUGUGAUUAAAUCAUUUAAUUCAUUGAAUUCCAGAGUUCUGUGUGACAACUUUAAAUCUGAAGAAGGUUUGAGCCAUGAAGGGGUCCAUUAUGUCGCUGAUAUGAAUUGUGAUGCCUCCUGUUGUUUGGACAAGUAUGAUAUGCCCACUACUCAAUCAGACUCUCUGGUUGAUAUGACUCUCUGCCGCCUUAGUGAUGUUUUGUCAUUGGUGGAGCUGCUUGCCUGCUGCAUGAGAUGGGACUGGACAAGCAUCAAAAUGGUACCUCAGCUGUUGAAAAUUUUGGAGUCAUGUGUGUUGGAGAACUUCGCUGCUGCUAUUAUUGUCCUCCUUGGUCAACUUGGGAGGCUUGGAGUUGAUGCUGGUGGAUAUGAAGAUAAAGGAGUUGAAAACUUGAGGUGUAAAAUGUCUGUUUUUCUUAGUCGGGAUGCUACCAGAAAAGCAGGUCUUCCCAUUCAAAUUGCCACUGUUACUGCGUUGCUUGGGCUUCUUCCUCCUGAUUUUGAAACACUCGUUCAGAGAAAUGUGAAGAUUCAGGCAACUGCAAGUCAGUCUGUUCUUGCUGAUUCUGUGAGGAAGUGGUUUUCUUUGCUGAGCAAGGAGCAACAGGACUUGUCACUAAAGCUUAUACAAACACCUGGUGCGAAAAAGACAUAGGAACUGAGAUACUCCAGUGCUGCACAACUUGGUAUUUCACUAGUGCUAUGAUAUUCUGACCUGUGUUUGAAGUGGGAAGUUUUUUUAUGCCAGUUUAUUCUAUUAGGGCUGAAGUAAAAAUUUUUGAUGGAUUUCGUGAUUGAGAACUAGGAUUUCUCGGGAGGAUGAUGAAGAUUUUGGGACAGCUUAUGCGAAGGCAAUUUUUUUUUGUUGACUUGUUUGCUCAUUCGCCAAAGAAUUUUUUUUGAUCUUUUAACCACCAUCUGCGGUUGCAUCAUGUCUCAGCUCACCUGUUUCCCAAACGUGUAAAUAAUUUGUGAAUCGUUGUUUGGAAUAUCAGUGAAACGGUUUGAUGUUACAUGGUUGCUUAGAUUAAAUAUCGCCAUGCCAGAUUUUUGGCAUUUGAGGGUUUUAGUCAUCUUUUUUUAUUGCAAGCUUUCUUUGUUCAACGUGGUGGCGAUCUUGUUGAUUUAAGGCUUUCUGGGUGCUUCGAGUUGGAGUGCAUAAUGAGGUUUCAAUGAAGAUACUUUUUCUGGGCAAUUUUGUGAUUCACUGUGUAACUUUUCCAGUUUUCCCUUUUUGGUGUUUAUGGAGGAGAAGGAAUGAUAGAAACUUUGAGGACAAGGAGAGGAUGCCGGGAAAAAUUAUAUCUAUGUUUUUCGAAACAUUUUAUUUAUGGACGGCGGCAUAUGUGUCUUCUCUGUUGAUUAAUUAUAGUGACUUUUUUUGUUCGUUUUGCUCUAUCUACUUAAGUGGAUUCUUCUGUAUAUUUCCAGUGUAUUUAGGA